AUGGGAAAACAGUACAUUUCCACAGGCACGGCUGCUGAAGCCCAUUCCCUGGAUAUUCUAGAUCUUGUGAUUACCACUCGCUAUACUCUAACUGUAUCGAGUGAUGGGUAUGCUGCAUUUUGGGAUAACAAGCAAGAAGAAAACCAUGAUCCACACCAAUACGUGAAACGAAUUUUAAUCAAUAAAAUGGGGCUACACCACGUCUCCACAUACGAAGCUGUCCUUCCUAGCUCGCACGUAAAGGUAUUGUUGGUGGCAUUUGCUGCUUUUGAUGGCUCUAUCACUUUGAAACUCAUUGUAGGCGAUGACUUUGAGACCUUGAAAGAAAUCCCAGUCCCAGUAGAUUUACGAAAAGAUUGCUGGGGUCCUUGCUUCUACCAAGAUCCUGAAUCCAAACAAGACUACUUUGUCGCGACCAAAAUUGGGAAGGGUGCAAUAGUUUACAGGCUCGAUAUAACUUCCCCAGAUGGUUCGAAUGUUGAGGUGCUGCUUGAUGAGUAUGGUCACCUUGUGGGCAGCAAUGGCGCCUUUCCAAAUUCCAUUGACAUCUCCAAUUCUACAGAGGCCAAGGUUGCGAUAGGGCAUUCUAAUGGCGAUGUUUUGCUCUAUGAUCUCGAAACUUUAAAACCAUACUACACAUUCCGUUCCACUGAUCUUCAGCAAAGUACCACCGGCGCCCAUGGCUCGAGCUCUAUCGCCAGAGUUGUAAAAUUUUCUCCAGGAGGCUCAAUGCUAGCAGUAGCACGGGAUAAUCAGUCGUCAGGAUCCAUAACGCUAUACGAUGUCAAGUAUGGUGAAGAUGUUGGAUCUUUAACAACUCCAUCGCAUUCCUCAAAAACAACCAUUGGUGGGUUCGCCCACGAUGGGUGGGUCAUGGGAUUGUGCUUUGACGAAACUGGAGAUCUCUUGGCCAGUAGUGGCUUCGAUAAGUGUGUGCGGAUCUGGAAUUUGGACACCAGAGAGAGAGAAGCCACUAUUAGCAUAUCAAUUUCCGAUUUGGAGUCCACGGAUGGAAACGAAGAGUUGGAUACCAGCGUGGCGAGUGGUGUCAAGUUUAUCAAAAAAGGUAUCAGAAGUGGCUCAGGAGGAGACACUAAUGAAGGUCUAUGCGUAGUCAGUUUUGACCGUGGCAUUAGAUGGUACCGUGAGGCAGGAGGUAUUUAG